AUGAUCCUAGUCUUGAAAUUGCUCUUCGCAACACUUGCUCUUGCCACAGUCGCUUGUGGGCUGCCAUUGAAGUACCGCCUGUCAAGCGCCAUCGCCGAGCGCUCGCCGUACAUCGAAGCACGAUCCGAUAUCUUGGCAUCUUCAGACUCACAUGUUGUCGACCGCGCUUUCGACGAAGAUACAUCGCUCGUGAAGCGAGAUCCGCCCGAGUGCGUCUAUUGCAAGAAACCAGAUAUCGAUCACAAUCUUUAUCUCUGCAAAAACGGCCACCCGUCACACCCCGAAUGCAUCGACAAUCGUUGGGCUAAAUUGCUUGCCUCUUCAAAAUCUAUCCCGUCACUUGCAGCUGUGAUGUGUCGAAAUUGCGAGCAGGCCGAACACCAGAGGUUGGAGGAUGCCCACAUAGAGCAAUGGGAGAAAGCCCAAACAAAGAACCACAAAGACAUACUUAAUGGCGCCCACACGUAG